CGUAGCUGCUGCGCGAGUAGUUGGGGCCUGACGCCAGGACGAUCCCCGGUCGCCGGGGCACCGCGGAGCCGCCGUAGGAGGCCGCCGUCGGACGGCGAUGGGCGGGAGCCGGCGCCCGCCGGGGACCCACAGCGGCAGCCGGUGACAGCAGACCCCGCUCCAUCCUCGGCUCCCGGGCGCACUCUCCUCUGACCCAUCGCUGGCGAGGUGGUGGCCAGGCCAGGAGCCACCAUGAAUGAGGUGUCCGUCGUCAAAGAAGGCUGGCUCCACAAGAGAGGUGAAUACAUCAAGACCUGGCGACCUCGGUACUUCCUGUUAAAAAGCGACGGGUCCUUCAUCGGGUACAAAGAGCGGCCGGAGGUCCCUGACCAGACUCUGCCCCCCUUAAACAACUUUUCUGUAGCAGAAUGCCAGCUAAUGAAAACCGAGCGACCUCGACCCAACACCUUUGUCAUCCGAUGCUUACAGUGGACGACGGUCAUCGAGAGGACCUUUCACGUGGAUUCUCCGGAUGAGAGGGAGGAGUGGAUGAGGGCCAUCCAGAUGGUGGCCAACAGCCUGAAGAACCAGGAGCCUGUGGAAGACUCUAUGGACUACAAAUGUGGCUCCCCCAGCGACCCCUCGGUGGCUGAGGAGAUGGAAGUGGCCGUCAGCAAAACGCGGACGAAGGCGACCAUGAACGACUUUGAUUAUCUCAAGCUUCUGGGCAAAGGCACCUUUGGCAAAGUCAUCCUGGUGCGGGAGAAGGCCACGGGGCGCUACUAUGCCAUGAAGAUCCUGAGGAAGGAGGUCAUCAUCGCCAAGGAUGAAGUUGCCCACACGGUCACCGAGAGUCGCGUCCUACAGAACACCAGGCACCCAUUUCUCACAGCACUAAAGUACGCCUUUCAGACAAAUGACCGCCUGUGUUUUGUGAUGGAAUAUGCCAACGGCGGGGAGCUCUUCUUCCACCUGUCGAGAGAGCGCGUCUUCACGGAGGACAGAGCGCGGUUCUACGGGGCUGAGAUUGUCUCUGCCUUGGAGUACCUGCACUCCAGGGACGUGGUCUACCGCGACAUCAAGCUGGAGAACCUCAUGCUGGACAAAGACGGGCACAUCAAGAUCACCGACUUUGGCCUCUGCAAGGAGGGCAUCACGGACGGGGCCACCAUGAAGACCUUCUGCGGCACCCCGGAGUACCUGGCCCCCGAGGUGCUGGAGGACAACGACUACGGGCGGGCCGUGGACUGGUGGGGGCUGGGCGUGGUGAUGUACGAGAUGACGUGCGGCCGGCUGCCCUUCUACAACCAGGACCACGAGCGCCUCUUCGAGCUGAUCCUCAUGGAGGAGAUCCGCUUUCCCCGCACGCUGAGCCCCGAGGCCAAGUCCCUGCUGGCCGGGCUCCUGAAGAAGGACCCCAAGCAGAGGCUGGGCGGGGGGCCCCGGGACGCCAAGGAGGUCAUGGAGCACCGCUUCUUCUCCGCCAUCAAUUGGCAGGACGUCCUGCAGAAGAAGCUUCUGCCCCCGUUUAAGCCCCAGGUCACGUCAGAGAUUGACACACGGUACUUUGAUGAUGAGUUCACGGCGCAGUCCAUCACCAUAACCCCCCCAGACCGAUACGACAGCAUGGGCUCCCUGGAGCCCGACCAGCGCACCCACUUCCCGCAGUUCUCCUACUCGGCCAGCAUCCGGGAGUGACCUGCCCUGAGGAGCCCCUGCGGGCGGCUGCGAGGCUACAGGCCCCCCUGCCCCUCCCCCUCCCCGGCUCCCUUUGCCCCUGCCCCCCCCUACACAUGCUUUUCUCUCCUCACCAGUGUGGCCCCUGAGGGAGCCGGCCCUGCCUUCGUCCUCCUUGCCUGGCGGUCACUCGCUAGCCCCCCCGGCCGUGGGGAGAGGGCAGCUGCGAGCCCCCCAGGGCGCCUAGGGCUGGGGAAGCCCAGCUCUGCCGGCCUUGUGGCCUGAGGGAGCUCCCAGGUGCCCCGGCUGGCUCUCUCCUCGGCGGUCACUAGGGAGACGUGGCCGGCCCUGUCCCUCGGGCCGGGCAGCCAGGAGCUCUUCCAGCCCUCCGGGGGAAGCUUCGAUCGCCCGGGACUCGUGGGGGCGCGGGGCCCUUCCUCUGGACCGAGCAGCGCCGGCCCCUCCUCGGGCCUCCGUCCCCGCCCGGCUCCGCCCUCAGACCUCGCGGGGAGCCCGGAGGAUGCCCGGCUGUGGCCCCCUUGCCAGCGACGGGCAGGCAGCUACUAAAGCAAUAAUGUCUUGUACCCAACCAGCCUUAAAGCCAGGUGCCCCAGAGCCGGGGUGCCUGCUCCUGCCCGCGAGGGGCCCGCAGCCAAGGCCACCUCUGACGCGGCCGGCACAAGGACGGGGUCGGGGGGGUCUCCAGUCUCUUCCUCACUGGAUGAGACUAGCUGGGGGGCUCACCCCUUCACCCCCCGCUGGCAUCAGCCGUGGGCAUCCCGGGCUGGCCAACGGGGGAACGGGGCCCGCCUGGGUGAGUUUGGGGGGGACCCCGGGGCCACGGAGCAGGGAGGUGUGGGGACCUGCCUUAGCAUGUGUGCAGGGAAGUGGGGCACACUCGUGUUCCCCUGCCCUUGCCCCUUUCCUGGACGUAGCCUCCUGUCCACCCUGGUUGGGGUCCCAUCCCCCACUGGGAACUGGGGACCCUCUGUCCCAGUGCCUUAUCUGGAUAAUGUCACAGCCUCCCCAGAGUGAAAGGUCAAGACCAGGGAACAUCAGGGAUUGGAGGCCUGGGGGACUUUGGCUUCUGGGGGGGUGAAGGCUCUGGUACAGCCUGUCAUAUCCCCCCCGCCCCCCAUUUUAGCUUGCUUUCCUCUCUUUCAGUAUCUUCAUCUCUCCCUCCUGGGGCUUGUCUGGGGCAUCUUCUGUUGGUCCCAGGCCCCAUCCCCUUUCCUCAGUCUCCCCCCAAGCUGCUGGCUGGGCCAGAGCUUCAGCUGACUGGGGUGCCCCAGGGCCGGACUCCUGGGGGUUCCACUUCAGCCCUCAUGGAAGGCUUUGGGUUACAGCUAUAAUAGGAGGUAGUUGUUGCACCCCAAAUCCAGAUCCAAGGUGGGAAGGGCCAGGUCAGGAGGGCCUUGUGACCUGGGGCCCCUGCUUUGGGUCAGGCUCGGGGCACUCACCCCACCCCACGUCCCCAAGGACUGAGGUGGGGGUUCAGAACUGUUACAGAUUACUUAAGCAUCAGUGUUCAGGCCCCUGGACCCCCAGUGUUCCCCCUUAGAGUUAGGGGGCGAUGGGGACAUUAGGUCAAAGUUCUCGGUCCAUUGCUAUCCUCGCUGGGGUGGAUGUGGACGAGGGGCUUCGGCCCCAUUUCCCUUUCUGCACCUCCCGAGGCCUGUGUCCCCGGGGUGCUAGAAGAGCCUUAAGAUGGGCCCGGCUGGCAGUGCCCCUGCAGAGCCCGGAGUCCCAAGGGGCUUGGCCCCGUGCCUCCCCGGGCGUUUCCUCGUGCUCCGGGUGGGGGGAUGUCCCGGUCUCCCCCAGGCCCUUCUGCCGCGUUCUGGAGCUGGCAGCAGGGAGGGCCGGGCCGGGCGGCGGCUCCUGGGGUCUCGGCCCCUGGGUGUGCGUCCAUAUACAUAUGUAUGUGUCUGUUAGGGAUGGGCCUUCUCUGGGCCCCCGGGGUGGGCAGAGUGGGCCGGGACUAAGGGACACUUUCCUGGGCUGCUGCAGCUCCCGGGGGCCUCCUGGCUGCCUCCUUGGGUGGGGGGUGUUUUCAGUUUGGGGGUGUUCUGUUUUUCCUCAUGAUGCAGGGGAGGGGACCGGAGGCCAGGAACGGCAGAGGCUUUGUGUGGGGAUAUUUUUUGUGUUUGUUUCUGUAAAUCAUUUUAGCUACUUUCUUUCUCCUUGAAUUUGUACGGUACAAACAAUUAAAAAGUUUCUGACA